AUGGCAAAUGAGAUAACCAAGGCCAUCCAAACGUCGCUUGAGCAGUAUGUGCGGCCUCGCGAGGAAGCAGAGCAUAUUCGCAGGGUCUUGGCCUUGAAUUUGCAAUCGUGCCAUGAAAAUGGCCCAAUGAACGGCCCCUUGGCGUUGGCAGAGCCAGACUGCGUCAUCAAAACAACAGAUGCGCGCGGGCUUCAGAGGGACUAUCUAAAGGCGCUGCACGCGAACAUCAAGGCACAGAGGGCGUACGAUGAAGCCGUCAACCAAAGUCGGGUGGCGAAGGAGGUCAAAUCUGGUAAUGAAAGGAGUCUGAAUAACGCUAGCAGGCUGGAGGAGCACGUCGCCGGUAUCGAGCUUAGGCGGAAGCAGGAAAGAUUGCAAACAGUUGAGAAGUACAUUGACCUCCUCAGCCAAAAACCGGCGGCCGAUCCCAAGUUCCUACAAUCUGAGGAGGUUUUCAAAGACACUCGACGCCUGCCCGAGGUCCCCAAAGCUGUCAUUAGCGGCUUCACAGUGGAUAAGGGCGCCACAAAGACAGAUCUCAAAACCCUCGUCGACCGACUGGAGAAGGCGGUGCUGCGCUCCAAGUUGUUACUCAAGAAGGAAGAACAGCUGCUCGAAGAGGUGAAGUCCCGCUUCACAGCAACACCUGGCAAGAUCAGCCUCGGAGAUAAGUCCGCGGCUCUCAGUGCGACGCGCAACGAGCUCAUCACCUGGAUGGAGACGGAGCUUGGCAAGACAUCCGGGGCGGAUGAUGGUCAAGAGGAUGGACCAGACGGACACGGCAGAAGUCCAACUAAAAUGGACAAGGCGCAUAUGGAUGCACAGCUUGCAUUGAUUAAAGACAAAUAUGCCACUUAUGUUGCUGAACGCAAGGCCCUGAUCCAGCUAGCUGCGCAAAGUCCUCGGCUCACAAUAAAGCCACCUGAAGAGACAAAACAGACCGCUCAACUAGGAGAGGGACCACACCCGCCGUCGGACUACCUCAUCACACCCUACAUCCGGAGUCUCCUGUCCGUCGCACAUGAGCAGAAGGCAUCAAUUGCCCAGAAGGCCCAUCUGAAUGACGUUCUCGCAAAACAGACCGAAGUCACUGGUCGGGCGUUGAGUCGUCUCGCCGAGGAGAGUCAGUUGCUGCCGGAGCACCCGACUCGGAGACACCAAGGGCGCUCAGGUGGCAGUCUUCCUGAGAAGUGUGGUGACAAAAUCAGCGUUUACGUCCAGCCUUGGGUGGUGGCUGCUGAUUCGGCCAAGCUCUCGACGCUGGAGGCUGUAGCGGAGAAGAUCGAGAAAGGACAGGUGGCACUGGAGGGGUCGACGAAACAUCUGUUCGAGAUCGACCAGCUGCUAGGACGGGGUGCGACCCACAGAGACGAGGCUGUGGACGAAGAUAGUACGAUGGACGAUAUUUGGCUGGCCGAGACGGCAAGUCCGAAGAAAGGAUCGAAGGCGCCUCUGAGCAGUAGAGGUGGUACUUCUCAGGAACGCGGAGACGUCUGGUCAAGUUUGAAUGGAGUUUUGGGUCUCAUUAAUGCCGGUGACUCCCCUCGGAAGUAG